AUGAGGACACUUUGCGUUCCCUUCGGGGCUUCUGUGUCCAGGACUUCUGGGAGCAGUGGGUUCUCUGCAGCACCCACAGCUAUGAGCAGUCAGCUUCGCCAGUUGCUACAGAAGCAACCUCUGCUACUGCAGCAGCAACAACAACAGAUGCAAAAACAACUGCAAAAGCUCCAAUCAUCUCUACCUCUCUUCACAGCUGGCCGUUUGAUGAGCACUAGUAGCACGGACAGCAGCAGCGUGAAUUCAAUCUGCUCCAUGGGCAAGAGCAGCAGCAACUGCAGCAGGGUUGUGUCCUUAGCAGGAGGCGAGCUGAUUUUAGAAGAGCACUGGGGAUCUCAGAAUGUGCACCCUGUAUUUACUUUAACUUUAAACCGGCCUAGUACCCUUAACGCGGUGUCCCAUGACGUCUUAGAGCAACUUCUUUCAUUUUUUAAGCAAAAACAGCUGCAGAGAGGACUCACACUACUCAGGGGACAAGGAGACAAGGCAUUUUGUGCAGGUGGCGAUGUGCGCGCCUUGGCUGCGGGGGGCCGUGAAUUCACCAUUUCAUUUUUCUGUAAAGAGUACCAACUGGACUUCCUGUUGGCCCAGCAGAAGGGGCCCACAGUGGUCUCCUUCUGGGACGGCAUUGUCUUUGGUGGUGGGGUUGGUCUCUCCGUCCAUGGGGGUCUCCGGGUUUGCACUGAGAAGACUUUGUUUGCAAUGCCAGAGGUACACAUUGGUGUCAUUCCAGACGCAGGCUUGACCCAGACCUUCGCUGAGCUAAAGCCAAGGGGCUUAGGCCUCUUCCUCGCUUUGACGGGAGAGAGACUGAGGGCAGCAGACCUCAUGGACACAGGACUGGCGACGCACUACUUGCCUUCAACUAGGCUGCCUGCUGCUAUUUCUCGCCUUCAGCAGGGAGUGCCCCUUGGUGCCGACCCAACGUGCUGGGCAUCUCAUGUUCUUGAGGAAGCAGGCAAGAUGGACCCUGAGGGGCCCUUAGAAACGCCAACGAGCUCUGAUCGGCUGCUUCAGCCUCAUAUGCUGGAAUUCCUAAGUCUUAUGGCUAACCUCAAGGAAAAUUCGGGCGACUGCAGUCUGUGUCGUAAAACCCUAGAGAGCCUGCAGCGGGCUUGUCCCCUUUCUCUUGUUGUUGCUUUUAAAGCCAUUCGAGACAGAGAGCAAGCAACAGCAGCAGCUGGAGCGACAGCCACAGCAGCGAAUGCAGCAGAGAUUAAGGCUGCUUCUGAGGUAAUUCAAGGAGAUCCAGCAGCGGUACCGCAGGAGCAGCAGAAACACCAGCGGCAGCGGGAGAUUCAGAAGCGGCAGCGGUUGCAGCUGCUUAGGGAUGCCCUGGAAACUGAGUUGGUAUUAAUGUGUAACAUGACGGCGGUCUCCAAUUCAAACUUUGUUGAAGGCGUAAGGGCACUUCUCGUCGACAAGGACAAAAAGCCCAAAUGGCAACCCAGCUGCGUGUCGGGUGUCAGCCAAGCUGCGGUAGCUGCGCUUUUCAAAUGGGAAGGGCAGCGGUCCCUGGCGCGCCUUUGA